CCAGAGAUUAGGGUCGACGGCGCGGUGAUGCUUGCCGACUCCGGUUGCAUCACAUCAACACUGUGUCGUCGCAUAUGUGUUGAGCCAUACUCGCGUCGGUACCAAUCAUCUAAAGAGUUCGGGUUCACUUUUCAUUCCUCCACACGCUUCUUUUAAAGUCUUGACCAACACACCUGUCUUCCCAUCCCCGCAUGACCUUAGGCGACCUCAUGGAUACAGUGCAGUCGCCAACGGCGACUACUAUUGCCGUGCAUUCCAUUCGUGAUGCACAGGUCAUUCUCUACGCCGUUUAUUGCCAGAGGCUUCCCAAAAUCUCACGGCGGCUAUCCGUCCGAGAGCGACAGCAAAUCCACAGUGGAUCGGUCUUUGUCUGGGAAGAGCGGGAUGCCUUUGCAGAUUCAUCUGGGGAAGGCAUCACGCGUUGGACUGAUGGGAGACGCUGGUCGCCGUCGCGAGUUCGAGACGAAUUUUUAUUUUACGUUGAGCAACUCCCGGAUUUCGAUGCCGACCCAGCUAUGAGACAGGAAAUACUCGACUCUCGUUUAAUCAAGCAAACCUACUCUGCGUUUGUUAACCUCCCGGUCGGCCGGCGGAAGUGGCAUCUAGUUGCGUACCAUACUGACACCACGCGUGAUACCCUUCCCCAAAUCCAAUUCCAUCCGAUAUUGGGUCCCUUGCGCGACAACGUUCCGGAAGGACUUUUCCAGACGGCCCGCGUAUCAAAGAAUCACGCUCGGAGCGAGCCUAAUGGACAAGGAGAACAGCAGCCGGAUCAUCCACAGAACACGCCCGCCCAGCUUGCUGCGCCAUCUGGGUCACCUUCCACCAGCGUCACCGAGGCUCCCGGUGAGACCGUCUUGCCUUACACCCCGGACGGCAAGAAUGGACAUUCUCAAGGUUCAUAUGCCCAAUCGCAGUUGUCGAGGCGGGGCGAUGACCUGGCGCCUCUUAUAUACAUGAGGGCAUCUCCCUACCCUCCCCGGCACCCGAUCGAUAAAUACGCGUUGCGAUCACUCGAUUGCAGGAUGAGGAUCCUCUAAGUCGUCCGCGUCACUACCCGCUGCGCAGAUUCAAAUGAUGGCGCUGCGCAAUCGCUGCUGUACUAAUUACCCACUCCGCCGACCGCGCCUAUAUAAUUUCUUCACUGUAACAUGCUCCUCGGUGCUCCUCACUUUGUCUAUUUUACGUAAUAUAUUUAC